AUGGCUUCGGCAAUGGAAUGUUGGUCCAGACGUGGCAGCAGCAACAAUAACAACGACGAAGACAUGGUAGAACAAGUCCUCAUGGACACCAACCACCAAUCUUCACAAUCACAACACAACAACAAAGACUCUUCCGUUAUCCACAAGAAGUUCAACAAACUCACUCGCAAUGUUUCUGAAGCUAUUGCUUCCCUCAAAAACACCCUCAAUAUCAACCUUAACCUUGAUUCUUCCAAACCCGACAACAACAACAACAACAACACUUCUCGUACUAGCAACAAUCUCGUUUGGGGAACUGUUGUUCGAAACCUUACUCAGCUUUAUCCUGGUAGCCAGCUUCCUGAGAAGCUUAUGUCCAACAUUCGUAAACACUAUGAUUCCUUGCCUCCUAGUUAUUCACAGGCGGGAUUUGAUGUUAAAGAUGUGUUUCUUCACAUCAAGUUAAUGGAGCAAGCUUUGGAAGAUUCACAGGCUGCGAUUUUGAUUGAGGAGGAGUGUGAUGGUGAGAUGCCGCUUCAGGGGUCUUUGUUCAAGUUGACAUUUGCUUGUAACUCUCCGAUUUCAUGGCCUGCAAUGUCGAGUGCGUUGGAUAGUUCCUCCAUUUGCUGCAAGAAGAUUCAGAUCUUUGAGAAGAAAGGCCUCACCCUUGGAAUUGUACUUCUACUUGUUCUUUCUGGGGCUGGUCAAGAUAACUUGGUAAGGACCCGGGUAGAAAGUGCUCUCAAGUUUUCCAUGAAGAAGCCUAAAGUUAGUGUUGUGAAGCUUCCUUUUGGGCUUUGUGGAUGUCAAGAGGAGAAUUUCAAGGGGAGAGAACGUGGAGAGAUUGAAGAAGAUUGCAGCGGUGUAUACUGUGAAAAUACGAGCCAAAAGAUUCAGCUUGAAAUGCCCUUGCCUAAUUCAUCGUUUCACGUAUCGGUAGAUGAGUGGCAGACUAUUCAGACAGAUGCAGACGAGGUACAAAAAUGGUUGUUGAACUCGGAUAGUCUAGAGUUUUUGGAACAGAUUGGUCACAAUUCCUAUAAAGGUGCCUACAUGGGGAAAAAGGUUGGCAUUGAGAAGCUUAGAGGGUGUGACAAAGGAAACUUGUACGAGUUUGCGCUUAGGAAAGAUCUCCUAGAACUGAUGACAUGUGGGCAUAAAAACAUUUUGCAGUUUUGUGGUGUUUGUGUAGAUGACAAUCACGGGUUAUGUGUAGUGACAAAAUUCAUGGAAGGUGGAUCUGUCCAUGACUUAAUUUCAAAGAACAAGAAGCUUCAGAGCAAGGAUAUUGUAAGAAUUGCAGUUGACGUGGCCGAGGGGAUCAAGUUUAUGAACGAUCAUGGUGCUGCAUAUAGAGACCUUAAUACUCAGAGGAUUCUGUUGGAUAAACAUGGGAGUGCUUGCUUGGGUGAUUUGGGUAUAGUCACUGCCUGCAAGAGCAACCAAGAGGCAAUGGACUAUGAAACCGAUGGUUACCGAUGGCUAGCUCCCGAGAUAAUCGCCGGCGACCCCGAGAGUGUUACCGAGACAUGGAUGAGUAAUGUUUAUAGUUUUGGGAUGGUAGUUUGGGAGAUGGUAACUGGUGAAGCAGCCUAUACUGCCUAUUCACCUGUGCAGGCAGCAGUAGGCAUUGCUGCCUGUGGCCUUAGACCUGAGAUCCCAAAGGAAUGUCCACAAACUCUAAAAUCUCUAAUGACAAAAUGCUGGAACAACACCCCUUCAAAACGCCCCGAAUUCUCCGAAAUUUUAGCAAUAUUGCUGCGAGCAACCAAACAACAACAAUAG